CUCGCAGUGGAGAUGAGCGCUCGGAUAGCGAAAUCCAACCCAGCCAUGAAACUGAUCGUGCUCUUCACAGCCUCUCUUUCCUGGGCCUUCCAGCAGCAGGUCGUACCGCCAAAGUACCAGUACCGCGACCCUGUGACAUCUGACCUCCUGCUGUGUGACCAGUGCCCUCCUGGCACGGCCGUGAAACAACACUGCACAGCUGACUCACCCACAGAGUGCCAGGCCUGUCCUGAGAGGCAUUUUGCUGAGAACUGGCACUGGGGGGACACGUGCCAAUACUGCACCUCGGUGUGCAAAGAGAGACAGCUUGUGAAGCAGCACUGCAACAGCACGCAUGACCAGUUGUGUGAGUGUGCUUCAGGUUUCCACCUAGUGGUGGAGUUCUGCAUCACACACAGAACCUGUCCACCUGGCUACGGAGUGACAGCAUUAGGUACACCGGUGACCGACACCACAUGUGAACGUUGCCCCGCUGGUCAUUCCUCCAACGGCGACUCCGCCACCGAGGCUUGCCAGCGCCACAGAAACUGCUCUGAUUUGGGGUUGAAGACACUGAGAUGGGGCACGUCCACUUCAAACAGCAUCUGUGGCACUCCGGAGAAGAAGGCAACGCUGGAGUGCUCUCAGCAUCGCACUUUGUGCCAAACUGAUGUGACCCUGUGCGAGGAGGCAGUCUUCCAGUCCCUCUCCUCCCUGCGACUGUCCUCUGUGCCCCUGGAGCGCCUGUUAGAGAGUCUUCCCGGGCAGAGGGUGGACCAUAAGAGCCUGGAGAGGCUGAAGAAGGCCUGCUCUCCCCAGCAGCAGGUCCUCCAGCUGCUGCGGCUGUGGAGGGAGCAGAACAAAGACCAGGACAAGAUGCACGCUAUCAUACAAGGUGUGAACCACUGUGAGAGGAAAGUCUCCCGCUGCAACGGCCUAAAAAAUCUGACCUUAGAUGACCUCCUGAAGGUCACCAACAGCCUGCCGGGGGUCAAAGUUCAGCAGGAGGAUGUGCAGGCCGUGGUCUCUACUUGCCUGCCCAGGCAGUACAUUCUGCAGCUUCUUCACCUCUGGAAGACAGCAAACUACGACCUGGAUCUAGCCAAAGGUCUGUCUCACAGUCUGAGGGUGCUGCGCAACCAGGGGGCACCACGCUAUCUGCUGAAAGUCCUGAAGAAGAUCAGCCGCAUCAUAGGAACCACCUCCGCGCACAAGAUGUAUGAGAAGAUGCUUGUUAGUAUGCUUCACGAUGAGUCGUGUUUUAAGGCUCAUAAGCCAUUAAAUGAAUAGAAAUA